AUGCUUUGGCAGAGCUUCUGGUCUUCAGCGGAGCUUGAGGAGACAAGCCUCUUUCUCUCCGACCGCUGGAUUCGAGACAGUGCAGCAUGUGCAUUAAGACACAACUUCUUGAGGGCGGCACUGCCAUUACUUUCUAUUCCAGAGUCUUCCAUACUACUAUUGAAUUCCCUUAGAGCCUCAGAUGCAAUGUCUAGGACAUGUACAGGAGCUUUAAAGGUGCAACACUUUGUCUGGCAAGAGGCCGAUUGCUGCAAGGAGAGCCGGCUCACUUGGGGAAAUGUUUUUCAGAUACUGUCGCCUCAAUUUUAUUACUUGGACUCUCCAAUACCGCCUUACUGCAUCCUGGGUGGGGAGGUGGUUUGUAAAGGUCCAGUGAGUGAAGUGCGUGAAAUGGAGGAGUAUGGAAUGAAGGAAUUAAAGAAACCGAUGAAUCAUGUAAUGCGUAAUGCUCAACGUGAACCUCAUGAACUCCCAUUCAGUGUGAAAUUGGAACGCGAAUCGAGAUCCCUUAGAGAAUGGGGGGAGGGUCUCCUAAGCUAG